AGCAUGAUUCGCAUCACGUCCCUCGCGCUCCUUGCCUUGGCCACUAUCGCGGCGCACACCUCGUACCUCAACAACCAGCACAACGGUACGCAGACGACCGAAGGCAUUGAAAUGAUUGGCGGCAACGAGGCCGAGGUCGGCAAACACCUCUACGUGACCGGUCUCCGCGUUUCUGACGCGGAUGUCAACUACUGCGCCGGGUCUCUCAUCUCCCCAACGGCCGUGCUCACGUCGGCUUCGUGCGCGUAUUACAACUCGCCCACGUCCGUCUCCGUGGGGUCCCACUAUAGCGAAAGCAGCGCGGACGGCGAGCGCAUCAAGGUCAAGACGAUCGUGGUGCACCCCAAGUUUAGCACGGAGACAAUGGCCUACGACUACGCGAUCCUCGAGUUGGAGACACCGACCACGAUCUCACCGGUCGAGAUUUGGUUUGAAGAUGAUGCGGCCACCGCACCCGGUGUCAUGGGUGUCGCCCGGGGCUGGGGCUUUGCCUCUUCAGACAGCGAAAUGCCAAAAGUCCUCAAGGAGGUCGGCCUCAAGAUCUGGUCCAACAAGGAUUGCCAGGCCGCUCUCGGCGAGCGCAGCAAACUGCCCGUGGACAUCGCAAAGGUUUGCGCUGGCGGUGUUCGGGGCGAGGGCCCGUGCGAUGGCGACCUCGGUGGCCCGCUAACGGUCUCCAAGGACGGCAAGGACGUGCUCGUCGCUCACCUGAGCUGGGGCGUUGCUUGCGCCAAGGAUGGUCUCCCGAGUGUGUACAACCGCCUCUCGUCCGCCAAGGACUUUCUUGCGCCGUACCUCCCCAAGCCGGCGUGCUAA